AUGAGUCUUUUUGAAAAUAUAUAAUACCUCAAUAACUAGCAAGCACCACUUCUUGCUUCUUUAACUUCUUCUGCAGCUUCAAAUACUUUAAAUCCCUUGUAUGACAUCAGCCUCGCAGCUUCACUCUUUCCUAAUAUCCUUCAAGCUCAAUCUUAAAAUCAACAAACCCCUAACUCUGUCGCAACAUCAUAAUUUUCAACUUCUAUGGAACCUUUUGGUAGUAACAUGAACAAUUGUAUGAAUUCAAAUAAUUUUGCUCUCAAUUAAAAUUCUUCACUCUAACAAAAUCCUACUCAAGGUGGUAUGAGCCAAAUGAAUCAAUCUGCUUUAAUGCAGCUCGAGUAUUUGCAAUAAAUAUAGUUGAUAAAAUAGCAACAAUAGCAAUAAGAUCAAUAACGUGAGUAAUAUAAGCUUGCUUUAAUUACUGAACUAAUCAAACUAGAGUAACAAUCUUAACAAUCAACCCAAAAUCCAUUGUCUUAAGUAUUUGGAUUGAAUGAUUUGAGCAUCUAAAACUAAUUCGUUUAAUAAUAGUAACCAAACACUAAUAACUUGCUCCUUGAACUCCUCCUCUAGUAAAACAAAAAUGGUACAACACAAGUUGCAUAAUCAUCAUAUUUAAAUGAAGUGUAAAAUUAACUUUAGUCAAAGCAAAAGACUGCUUUGUUAAAUUAAUCCUAAUCUCCCAAAGGCAAUGACAACAACUAUGAAUCCAGGACUUUAAGCUUCAUUCCUUCUAUAGCAAGUGCUUCUCCACAACUUAUUGCAUAAAUAUCUCCCUAAUUAAAGAAAGAAGAUGACAGUAUUUGUACUCCCCAAUUAAAUUAGUUAAACACACAACCAAUAAAUUUGAAAAACAAUUUUCAAUAAUAGAGUGAGCAGUAAGAUGCUAUGAACUCAGUAUAAAGUAAAAAUCAACAAUCAAGUGAAAUGAAUCAAAUGGAUUCUAAUUCUAUCACUAAAACUUUAAACCAAUAAAACUUCGAUAACGGUGUAUUUUCAUCAAAUUAGCAAUAAAUUAAAUAGUCUUAAAAUAGUGAUGGAAAUAAUUAAAACCUAGACAUCAAUAUCUUGAUAAAUUAAUAAAAUAACGAUGAAUAAUUCGAAAUUUAAAGAAAACGUCAAGAGCGUUUAAUUAAAAUUGAAAAAUAUAAGAACAAAAGAAGAAACUGGUUGCGCAAGAUUUCUUACGACUGCAGAAAGAAAGUCGCUGAUUCUCGUCUCCGUAUUAAGGGACGUUUCAUUUCUAAGAAAGACACUGAAAAAAUCAAAGAACUUAUAGGAGAUAACUAAGAAGCAUUCAAUGCUAAGAAAAACCUACGUCUCGACUUUAUGAACAGCAAAAUGAAACUUUAAAACCUCGAUCUAAACCCAGCCAUCUCUAAAAAUGAAAUCUUGAAUCAAAUUGAAUAGUUGCUAUUAAAGAAUCGUUAAAUCCACACAACUCAAACUAUGUAGCAAAUUGUCAAGCGCAUUUAAAAGAAACAAUAAGUUUUCUGCUUGAUUAAAAGAGGCUAAACAGAAAUGAUUAAAUUUUCUGCUAAUAAUCGCUCUUCUUCUAUGAAUUAUCAAGAUGAAGAAUACAGUUCUAUGUGCGAAAAUUCAAAAAUUUCAAGUACUUAAAAUUGA